ACUCCUCCUCCUCCUCCUCUUUAACAUCCCCAGUACCAGGAACAGCAGCAGCCUUGGUUGGAGACAGAGCCUGGUAGCAUUGGCUGCAAUGUAACAAGCCGGCUUUGUCGACCAACUCAGCUGCCAGGACCGUGAUGAGGUGCAGCCGCCGCUACACUGUCAUUUUCUGGAAGAUGGACGGAUAGAAAAGAAUGAAGAGAGACUAAAAGAGAGAGAAAGGGAGAGAGUUGAAGACGGUGCACUGCAGAUGAACCAGAGAAGACCCAGGUGAUGACCUGAAGACAUCAUGUCGGAGGUCCAGGGAACUGUUGACUUUUCUGUGGAACUGCACAAAUUCCAUAAUGUGGAUCUCUUCCAGAGAGGGUAUUACUUGGUGCAUGCAAGUCUGAAAGUCCCAUCUAGAAUCCCACAUCGGGUGUUGGCAACUAUUGUGGAACAAACAGGCAAUUCAAUCCUCUGCUCCGCCUGUGUCCAGGAUAACAGUGUCUAUAGCAGAGUUUUUCAGAUAUUGUACAGAAAUGAAGAGAUUGUCAUUAAUGAAUCGAUGAACUUCAGAGUCCAUCUUCUCUUAGAUGGUGAAAAGGUAGAAGAAGCAUUAUGUGAAGCAGAUUUUCAACUCAAGCUUGACCUGCAGUUUACAGACAGUGAACAACAGCUGAGAGAUGUCUCCACCAUCCCAGUGAUCAGCAGCCGCACUUUGGGGCUUCAUUUCCACCCAAAGCAAGGGCUGCAUCAUCACGUCCCUGUCAUGUUUGACUACUUCCAUCUGUCCGCAAUCUCCGUGACUCUCCAUGCCUCCCUGGUGGCUUUGCAUCAGCCUCUUAUAAGCUUUACUCGUCCAGGGAAAGGCACAUGGCUUGGUAAAGGCAACAUGGAAAUGGGACCAGAUCUAACUGGAAUGUCGCUAGAAAAUCUAGUGUUUGGAGCUGGGUAUUGUAAGCCGGCUGCUUCUGAGGGAAGCUUUUAUGUGCCAUCUGAAAACUGUAUGCAACAUGCACACAAGUGGCAUAGAGAUCUUUGCUUCAUGCUCUUGAAUGCAUAUAGAGGGCUUCAUGUGUAUUAUGCCUUCAUCAAGAAGGAGAUUCCCACUUUGCCACAGUUGAAGUUAGAGGAUCUUGCUGUUGAAGAAACACUUUCUCAACUUUCUGCAGAGCUGCAGAUGCUAAACAAUCCUGAAAAGAUAGCAGAACAGAUCAGUAAAGACCUCGCUUGGCUCUGCUCCCAUCUUCUGGCGCUCUGGACCCAGUUUUUGGAGAUUGUAACAUUGCAUCCUGAUGUCACAACCAGUCUUGUUCAGGAGCAUCACACUCUAAGGGUAAGAAGAUUCUCAGAAGCUUUCUUUUAUGCUGAACAUCAAAAGCUUGCUGCGUUGACUUUCCAGGAAAGCCUUAUCCAACAUCAUAACCAGGUUUCAUCAGAAGUCCGAAAUUCUGAGUACCUCACCAGUAUGCCACCUUUGCCAGCAGAGUGCCUCGACAUCGAUGGAGACUGGAGCACACUACCCAUUAUUUUUGAGGAUCGAUAUGUAGAAUUCCCCUAUGAAGUUCAGGACUUAGACAUUUUGUCAAAUGAUGUGUCUUCUGCUGUGGGCAAUUCACAAGUGGACUUAGAUAAAAAUGGAGAUCCUUCUUCAAACACUGACACUGCUUUGGCAAAGAGAGACUUCAGGAAUGAUGUCCCAUUCAUCAUCCAUACAGACAGGAUAAAUGGAAAACCAUUAUACUCCUGUAACUCCAAUCCACAAGGAGAUUGUUCUAUCGUCAAGAGUUCCAAGGAUCACUCUGCAACUCAGGUACAAGCAAUGAGUGGAAGUAUCCCAGCACAUGAAAAUCAAGUGAAGUUGGCAAGUGAUGGUUUGAAAUUGGAUCUCCUUAAAGAUUCUUCAGAAAGCCUUAACACACCAAUAGAAUUUUCAGAGAAAAACAACAGACUCAAGACAGAAGUGGAAUAUUUAGAUAUGCAUCCAAUAUGUAAUAGUACUCACCAAAGAGAACCAAUGCUGGUCAUGACUUCCAUGUAUGAUGGUAUCACAUAUGAACAACUCCAGCACAUAGAAAGGACUAAAUUAAGGCAAGAAAAUAACAAUGAUUAUUGUGGGUCUACUGUCAUCUCAGACAAAUUCUCAUCAGAAGAACAAAACAUCUGUGAGAAACAAUGUGAUCAUUGUGAUGAGUCAGUAUUACCUGCUUUGAAAGGCUUUGAAGCAAAUGAACAGUUUGGCUCACUGAACCAAAUAAAAAAUGUUGAGGGGGUCAAAUCUUUUCAGCAGGAGCAGAGAGUGCAAGAGUGUGAAGAGUUUAGCUCCAGAUCAGGGGCCAUUAAGAGAUCUUCAUCUCUAAUUUCAGACUCGGGAAUUGAAAGUGAGCCAAGUUCUGUAGCAUGGUCUGAUGCAAGGAGCAAGGUCUUGGACUUGCCCAGUGACCGGGAGAUCCUUCACCAGCUUGUGAGAAGGCAUGCAGCUCAUCGGAACUCCUUGGAAGGCAGACACACUGAAAGCAAUACAAGUUUGCCAAGUGGCAUACAAGCCUCUCUCACCUCAAUUAGCUCCUUGCCAUAUGAGGAGGAAGAAGGGGAGGUGGAGCCCAACAAGCUGACAAAAUCUAUCUCUGCUCCUCAGAUCAGUAGUCCUGAGGAAACUGUAGAAGACAUGAAUAUAUCCAAACAUAUUCAAACCAUUGCAGACAUUGCUGAGGGACCUUAUGUGGAAAUAGGGUAUGCCAGCAUGACCUUAAUGGAAAAAAAUUCCACAUGUCAGAAGGCUGGAGAACAUGAAGGGCUGCCACUAUCCAUUGCUGCAGUGAAGCAUUCACAAUCCUCCUUUGAACAAAAUGAUGACAGUUCUCAACACCCUAAAGUUUUUGAAGGUGUUUCGGAGGUGAACUGUACCUUGGAAACAGCAGGAGUAACUGUGAUCCUAAAACAAAAUCAGGAUUCAGGUUAUACACCGGAACAUCAACUGACAAACAAAAAUAGGGAGGACAACUUGGGAAGCAUAAAUGACCAUUUGGACAGAAGUAUCAUUCAUCUUGGUGAAUACACGGAUAAUGUAAAUAUGUAUAAAGGCCACAGUUUGUAUUCCAAAGAUGUGCAGGCAUUCUCAGGCUGUGAGACUAAUGUGCCAGACUUUACCUGUACCAUGCCUGUUUCGUCAGUGGUGGCAUCAGGUUCCAGUUCUACAAAAGGGCCCUAUAGUAGCCCACUUACUAAUGGCAAAAUAGCAGCAUGUGGUGAAGUAAUCCACAAUUUGCAAGAAAUUGAACUGGACAAUACAUCUGAGUCUGGAACCUCUUGUGCUGAAUCAGAAAAGAACGAGCUCAAAAGAGUGUCAUCAAACAGCUCAGGAUUGCAUUCUGUGGUACCAGAGACUCUGGUACUGGAGAGCAAGAAGGCCAUUGAAGGAGUCAAUUUAUCUGUUUCUUGCACAGCCACCUGUCUUCCUUUUUCUUCUGUUCUCAAAGAGAGUCCACCGACAGCAGGCUUCUCCUCCAAACAGGUUACUUCUCCCAUCACACACCAACCAGUGGGUUCCUUUGGAGUCAUCUCCAGUGAUUCCAGUGAUGUGGAUGAAGAGACCAAUGAAAGGAUGGUUAGUUUUUAUCAGGCCAAAGAAAAGUUUAAAAAGGAACUGAAGACUGAAGGAUAUCUGUACAGUGAUUUACCUGUACUAUCUUCUGAUAUCCCAUAUUUCCCACCAGAGGAAGAGGAAGAGGAUUUGGAAGAUGGGAUUCACCUAGUUGUAUGUGUCCAUGGACUGGAUGGAAACAGCGCAGACCUUCGACUGGUAAAAACUUUCAUUGAACUAGGUCUUCCUGGAGGAAAGCUUGACUUCCUGAUGUCAGAAAGAAACCAGACAGAUACAUUUGCGGACUUCGAUACAAUGACUGACCAUUUGCUGGAUGAGAUUAUUCAGCAUAUCCAGUUGUACAAUUUGACGAUAUCACGAAUAAGUUUUAUUGGUCACUCCCUUGGUAACAUUAUCAUCCGAUCAGUGUUAACCCGGCAACGGUUUCGAUAUUACCUCAACAAGCUACACACAUUCUUAUCCCUAUCUGGGCCUCACUUAGGAACACUGUACAACAACAGUACUUUAGUUAGUACAGGAUUGUGGCUAAUGCAGAAGCUCAAAAAGUCUGGUUCACUGUUGCAGCUGACCUUCAGGGACAAUACAGAUCUGCGGAAAUGUUUUCUGUAUCAGCUCAGCCAAAAAACAGGUCUUCAGUAUUUCAAAAAUGUUGUUUUGGUGGCCUCACUCCAAGAUCGCUAUGUACCGUUUCAUUCUGCAAGAAUAGAAAUGUGUAAACCUGCACUGAAAGACAGACAUACAGGUCCAGUGUACGCCGAGAUGAUCAACAACCUCCUCCAACCAGUCAUUGGGGCCAAAGACUGCACUUUGAUCCGUCACGACGUGUUCCAUGCCUUGCCAAACACAGCCAACACACUGAUUGGGCGGGCUGCCCACAUAGCAGUGUUGGAUUCUGAACUCUUCCUGGAGAAAUUUUUCCUUGUGGCAGGACUGAAUUAUUUCAAAUAGUACCACAAGCCUCAGGGGAACAAAGAAGAAGGCCUUGUGUACAAAGGCAUGAGAUUUUUUGGGGUCAGAAAAGUGUUAUGCUAUUUGAAAUGAAUGGAGGAUGCCAGGUCAAGGUGGAACACAAACACACAUACGCAUACCCUAUGUAUUUUGGGGAUGAAUCAAGUGCUUUGUUCAUAAGUAUUCAAAGGGCCAAAUAUUGGUGCUUUUUGCAAGAUGUAAGCAUCUCUAUAUGUUAAGUUCCUUUGUCCUUUUCUAUUUGUUCAAUGACCUUUAUAAAUUGAUCUAAAACUCCUGAUUAUGAAUAAGUCUGUGGUUGACAGGACCCAGCAUAUUUCUCCAUCAAGAACAAAAUCCACGUAGUUAUGAGUUGCCUUAGUUAACUUAGCACUGAUUUGUUUUCUUUUAUAGGGCUUUUUUUGUGUGAGAGAGCAAUUUGUGUGGCUAAAAACAAAAAAAGCAAACAUAAUACUCAGGUUAAUUUUAUUUUGCGGUGAAUCAGAAAAUGAAGAAAGGAAGACCAGGACUGGAAAAUGUCAGGUUUGCAGCACUCUUUGAAUGACAGCUUCAAAGAGGAAAGACAAAUGCAGCAAAUGAGUUCCACCUUGAUAGCCAAAGAAGGUAUAAUAAAAUAAGUUCUAUAAUUUCUAGGUGUCAACAUUAAACAAAUGUGUACUGAUGUGUUCCUAAUUUUAGGGAUGGAGAGAUGGUUGUUUUCAUGGAAAGCAUUAAAGAAGCUUUGAAAUCAUGAGGAACCUAUUUGACAAUGGUGGCCAUGUUGACAUAUUCUGAGUUGGAUCAGGAGGCAUUAGCAAACAUCAUGUAAUUAUUACAUCCUUUAACAUGUGCUUUCCUAGUGUGACUGGCAGUAGAGAGUGCCAAUAGAUGUCAAACAUUAACUUCCCAAAGCAAAUAAUAUUCAAAUCCCUCUACUAAAGAAUGGCAGAAGUGGCCUAUGUGAACUUCAUCCUGCACUCACUGUGGUUAACAGACAGUGUAUGGUUCAAUGUUAACCUCUUAAUGUAUCUCUACUAGGCUAAUCAGAUACAUUUUUUGCACUCAUUAUGCUUGGAUCUUCUUUUCCUACUAAAAAUGAUAGGAUUUUGAGAUUUCUAAUUGUUGCUACUAGCCAGAUCUAGUACUUGUGAUAGAUUGCUAUUGAUGAAAUAGUGAAGGAUUGCUGCUGAUGAACUAGAAAAUUCCUCUUACAAGAGAAGUUAAUGUGACCAUAGAUGCAUCUGAGAAUUGGAGCUGCUGCUCUCUGUCAUGUUCCAGAAUCUAUGAAAGACUCUUGUGGAUCAACUGUAGAUUUUUUUAAAAAGUAAUCUGUUGUAAACUCCAUUUUCAUAAGUGCUGCCACAAUUGUGUCAAAAUUAUGGGCAAUAAUAAUCUGGUUGGCUGAAGAUUUGAAGCUAUCAGAUUCAUUCUCUUUCUCUCUCCUCCUCCUCAUCUCAAUCGGGAUGCUAUCUUUGUAAAGAUCUUGAGUAUUAUAUAAUCCUAUCUUACAUAAAACUAUAGAUAAUGUUUAUGCUGUUACACCUGUACAGAAACCUUAGAAAAUAUUUGUGUUGUACAGAACAACAUCUGAAAUGUCUGGACAUUGCUAAGAUAUGAUUCAAUUUGGCCUCCUUUGAAAAGGCUUUUAAGAUGUCUCUUUCUAUGGAAAUAUAAAUAUAUAUAUAUAAAUAUUUAAAAGAUCUUGUUAAUGGCUGUUCUGCUCGAAUGCAAAAAAAGGUAUACCUACAUAGCCGAGUGUCUAACAACUUUGUCAAAGUCUGGUAUUUCUUUCCUGGAUCUGUUUGUUUUUUUACAUAAUGUCUAUAUUCUUAGUUUUAGGAAAACUCUUAAAGCCCAAUCACAUUAUAUUACGCUGUUAUUCCACUUUCACUACUAUGCUACAGCAAUGUAAUGUGAUAGGGACUUCAGUGGAUGUUGCUGACAAAUUUUUGAAGCUUUCAGACCAACCUGAUUAUCUGUGAUGUAUGUAAAACUUUGUAUGUGACAUUGUGAACAACAUGCAGAGCAGAUAACGUUCCUUUUAUAGAUGCCAGCCAGCAUGUAAUGCCACUGCACAUGAGCAAGCUGAUCUGUGCAAAUCAAGAGGAACUGAAUGUGGACACAUUACAUAAUAUACAUGCACUGGAUGUAAUCCAGAAGAUGAAAACCCCAUCAACAUUAGAUAUAUGAUUGAGAUUUACCUUCUAUGAUGCAAAUAGGAGAAUCUCAUCUGGUUUUUGAAGCCACUUCAUUUAGUUAUUAAACUUAUAUUACUGACUUUAUGCAACAUCUCACUGCCUGCAACUAUCUCUGGAUUGUAAAGUGCAUAUAUACAUUUCUUAUCAUUGCACAGUGCCAACUUCUGGCCCAAUGAGAGAUAGCAGAAUGCAACAACUCUUACUUGGAGAAUAGUAUUGGUCCAUUCGCUUUGGUUUUCUCUGAUUUUGCAUUAAACCCAGUGUUUUGUUUGACAAAUGGCCUUUUUGACUACUGCAAACCAGUCUAUGGAUUCUUGUUAAUGGGAUAAUUAGAGCAAGUUCAGACCAAGGGCUUUUGAUUUUUAAAAGACAUGACCUCUGACUUUUGACCACACUUAAGAGGUGGAAGUAACUGGUCCCUUAUUUAACAGAGAUUGUGAAUGUAAAGCUCAGAAUGGCACUAUGAAAUCUAAUCUAUAAUCUAUUUAUUAUAGGGAAUGAACAUGAUGAUGAUGAAUCUUAUGUAACAAGAAGAUGAUCAUGAUGAAGAUAUUAUUAAUAAUCAUAGUAAUACUAAUAACAAACAAUCAUCAGUGCCAAUAUGAUUCUACUAUUUUUUUACAUAUGCUUUAUAGUGGCAAUUUGUGUGGCUUGUGAAUUGUGUAAAGGAUAUGUCAAUAAAACUGUUUGCUUCCUUUGGA